AUGGCGACAGGUUCAUCAUCCCAGCCCAUGGUAGAGGGAGAGACACCGAGCACAAUCACGCUUCACAUACUUUGCCAGUCUCUACCCCCUCCAAGCCGGUUUACACUCGAGAACAUUCCACUCUCCUCCACAAUCGCACAGGUCAAAGGCCGGAUCGAACGGUCCUUUCCAAAUAAUCCUCAAGCGUCACACCAGAGGCUCAUCUACCGAGGAAAACCCCUAACUGUCGAUGACGCAACACUCAGAGCAGUAGUCUCAUCUAUGGAGGAAGGUAUUCAUAGUAUGCACCUUGUGUUGCCACCUGAGCCAACACACACAAAAGCACACCCUGUCUCCGAGAUGUCGCAAGAUUCGCCUCUUGGGAAUUCUGCUCAAGCUUCCACUUCCUCUCACACCUUGUUUGAGGACUCCAACCCUGAUCCUUCGGAAACUACAGAUAGCCUGCCCUCGUUCUCUAGCAUUCCCAGGACAAUGAGUGCCACUCCAGCUUCUCCGCGCGUUACAUUCAAUCAAUACGUCAACGCCUCUUCAUCUAACCGACACUCAGCAACUACAAAUGCACCGGAAGCCGAUGGAGCACAAUUCUCUCGGCGUCUUAUCACUUUACAACGUCACAUCGAGGAGAUUGAGAGACAACUGGACCGACGUAUCAUGCCAUCCAUGGAGAAUAUCAUUCAUACGCGGAACCAGCUUCUUGAAAUUCAAGAUGCACAAUAUGCGAGACAACUUCCUCUACCCGGUGCUGCGGAACUGGUUGCUCGUAUUCUUGAUGCUCAACAACGCGCCCGUCUAAUGGAAUUUAUGCAGCAAGAGCAUUCGCAGACCGUUUUAGCUCAGACCCUCACCGCUUCCCACACCACAAACACGCUCCAACCUGGCUCCAGCUCCAUGCAGUUCUUCAUGCUGUCCUCGCCAGGGGGAGAUGGUCACGGUGGUUUUGUCUCACAAAACCACUUGGUAUCCCGAUCCACAACACAGCGGGCGGUUUCGCCCAAUACAGCCCUUGCUAACGAACCCGGCGCUACCGGCGCACCUCGUGCACCCCAAGCACCCGACCAGAACGCACCCAACCAGAACGCAGCGAUAGUCCAGAACGCUCUCCGCCAAGCAAUGCACAACCAACAGCGCGAAGGCAACAAUGUCGAGCACGCCGGUAUGGCACGACACAUCCGCCGCAUCUGGCUGUUCACCCGUUUGUGGCUCUUCUGCUACCUUAUCAGCGCCCCUGGCACCUGGAGGCGUUACAUCUUUGUCAGCAUUGCCUUGCUGGUCACAUUCUUUUCUGAGACCGAUGUUCCACGGCAGUUUGCGACAACGAUUAUUAGGCCCCUCCAACGCCAUCUCGAGGGCCUCACCCAUGCCGGUGGCCCGGCAGAUCGAGCCACUCAAACUGGAGCCAAUGACGCUGCUGCGGAGUUCAAUGUUUGGGACCAGAUACGCCGCACGGAGCGAGCCCUUGUUUUUCUUUUUGCAAGCCUAGUUCCCGGUCUCGGUGAGCGGCAUGUCCAGGCUCGCACUGCGGCAGACCAAGCUUUCUUGGCUGAGCAGGAGCGUCAGGCGCGGGAUCGUCAGGAGCAGGAGCAGGUACGGGAGCGGGAGCGGGAGCGCCAGGAGCACGAACGGGCUCACGCAGGUGUGGCGGAGGGCGCGGGGAAUGCAGGGACUGAAUUGGAGGAGGUCUCUGCCGCGCAUGCACAGUCUGGACAUGGUCCAGCAGGGAACUGA